UUUUACAUAUUUUGAUUUUAGGUGUUUUUACGCAUUCUUAUACGCAAAAAUUACAAAUGGCAAAUCAACCUAAUGUCAACAAAACAACUCCAUCAACUCCUCCCUCAAGCAAAAUACGUCCAAAACUUGAACAAAUUCAAAAACAACAACCAUCGGCAAAGCGAAGACGUUUAGCAGUUAAAGAUGAAGAAGUGGGCGAGGAAUCUGGGGAAGAUUUUUUGGUUGUUGAUGAUGGCGAAUUGGAUGUGACUACGAUUAAAAAAGAUGAACAACAUAAUAUUGGGUUAGAUGAUGAUGAUGGUGAAAUUGUUGAAUUUGGUAGGGGAUAUACAAAUAAAGGAGCUCUUUGUAUUUGGCACAAUGGUUAUCGUUAUGUACGUGUUAGACAUGAUGGUCCAUAUUGGCGUUGUACUGAAAGCAAAUGUCCUGCUAAAGCUUCCGCUGUCGAACAUUCAGAUGGAAGGAUUGUAGGCAAAUUAAGAUUAGAACAUUCCCAUUUACCUCAACCAGAACGUCGUUUGGCAGAAAUUAAGAGGCACGAAUUAAAGCAAAGAGCUAGAGAAGAUCCAAAUUUGAACAGAAUUAGAUUAAUUGCAAGUAUUCGGGCUGGAGUUGAUGAUGAAACUUUUGUGGCUAUGGGAUCAGAUAAUGCACUUGGAAUUAUGGCUUAUAGGUUUGUUAAAAUUUAUUUUUUUCGGGGUGGAAAAUGGGUUUCCAAUCCUCUCCAUACUCCAAUCUUUCGGUUCUAGCAUCCCUGCGGACUAACUUUAGGAAAAGGGGUUCUCAAUCCCCUCAAUAAUUGCUUCCGACUUAUUGCUGGUUCCGGGAUGAGCUUCCAUAAAUCAGAUAAAACCUGGGGACUCCAGAUGCUCCCAAUUCUCGUUUUAAAUUUCAUUUUUUGAGGCUAAAAAGUGCUUCUAUAAAUGCACUCUUUAGUGCUUUCCCUGUUCCAACCUUUUGACUGCUCCGGGAUUUGCCCACAAUUUUUCCCCAGCUUAUAAGUCUAAGGACACUAACCUUUUUUUAAAAUUUUAAUGAAACCCAUUUUUUAGAGAAAAGGCAAAAUUAUAUGGCAAAGGAACUUCAAAAAUUUCAGCAAUUGAUGUUAUGUCAAUACGUUUUCCACAACCACUAAUUGAAAGAGGAGGUCAAUCAAUUCUACUUUAUGAUUCUAGAAAUGUUAGAAUACACGAUAAUAAACCAGUUUUUGUGUUUGCACAUCCAUACGUUUGUUGAUUUUAAUUUGGGGUUUUUGGGAUUUUUCAAAAUUUACGGACACUUAUUGUCAGCAAGGAGUGUCCGCAUUCUUGUAAAACAGUCGGGCCACAUUUUACCUCUCUUUAAUGAGUCGGACCUCAUAUUUGGAUACUUUACUUGAUUUUAGGGAAUUUUUUGUGGACCCUGUACACUCUUUGCGGACUCCCUUUUGUCCGCAAACGGUGUCCGCAUUCUUGUAAAACGGCCGGUCCUCAUAGUAAGAUACCUUCAAUGAGGAGUCGGACCUCAAUCUAAGAUAACUCGUGUCGGGGCUCAUUGUAGCAUAUAUCCACGUUUUUAAAAAUAGGUGGUCUCUGUGUUUAAGCAAUGCCCUUCUA